AAGGAGUUGGAUUUUUUCAGACACAAGUACAAAAAGAACAACCAAUCAAAAUCUGCAGCUUCUUGAACUCGAGUUUGGCGAUUGUUCUCAAGAAAGAUGCAUUCUUGUUAUCAUACGCACUUCUCCUCCCUCAAGCUUCCACAUUUCUUUGCGCCGAAGAGUUUUGUGGCGUCUUCACGGAGAGAAUCAAGAGUGUUCGCAGUGGCAACCAGUAUGGAUGAUGCGUCUGGUAACAUACCAGCGGCUCCAAUAUCUCUACCUGAAGGCUCAUGGAAACAGAUAAGUGGUGGAGUGACAGCUGCGAAAGGGUUUAAAGCUGCUGGUAUGUAUGCUGGAUUGCGUGCUUCAGGAAAGAAGCCUGAUCUCGCUCUUGUCACCUGUGAUGUCGACGCUGUUGCUGCAGGAGUGUUUACUAUGAAUGUGGUUGCUGCUGCUCCUGUAGUUUACUGCAAAAAGGUUCUUGAGACUUCCAAUACGGCGCGUGCAGUGUUGAUCAAUGCCGGUCAGGCCAAUGCAGCUACGGGUGAUGCUGGUUACCAAGAUACGUUAGAUUGUGUUGGUUCACUAGCAACGCUACUUAAAGUGAAACCAGAGGAAGUAUUAAUCGAAUCAACUGGUGUUAUUGGUCACAGGAUUAAAAAGAAAGAGCUUCUCCAAGCACUUCCAACACUAGUCAACUCGAUGUCAAACUCUGUUCAACAGGCAGAUUCUGCUGCUAUAGCAAUCACCACAACGGAUCUUGUAAGCAAGAGCGUGGCAGUUGAAUCACAGGUCGGAGGAACCACUAUUCGAGUUGGUGGUAUGGCUAAAGGCUCAGGGAUGAUUCAUCCAAAUAUGGCAACUAUGCUAGGUGUCAUCACAACAGACGCUCUGGUUGAAAGUGAUAUCUGGAGAAAGAUGGUAAAGGUUGCAGUAAACCGAAGCUUUAACCAGAUCACUGUAGAUGGGGACACGAGUACUAACGACACAGUCAUUGCUCUGGCGAGCGGGCUAUCUGGAUCACCUUUUAUAUCUUCUUUGAACUGUGAAGAAGCUCUACAGCUUCAGACAUGCCUUGAUGCGGUGAUGCAAGGACUUGCCAAAUCAAUAGCUUGGGAUGGCGAGGGCGCAACAUGUCUCAUUGAGGUUACGGUAAAAGGAACAGAAACUGAAGCAGAAGCAGCGAAAAUUGCACGCUCGGUGGCUUCCUCUUCACUAGUUAAAGCAGCUGUUUAUGGAAGAGAUCCUAACUGGGGACGCAUAGCUGCAGCUGCUGGCUACGCUGGGGUUUCUUUCCAGAUGGAUAAGCUUGAGAUAUCACUCGGCGAGUUUUCACUCAUGGAGAGUGGUCAACCUCUUCCUUUUGACAGGGAUGGAGCCAGUAACUACCUCAAGAUAGCUGGCGAGGUUCAUGGAACUGUCACAAUCGAUUUAUCCGUAGGUGAAGAUGCAGCCACAGGAAAGGCGUGGGGGUGUGAUCUUAGCUAUGACUAUGUCAAGAUCAACGCUGAGUAUACCUCCUGAGACCAAGAUGCAGAGAUUCAUGUAAUGUUGUGUUAUGUUCUCAAUUUAUAAACUACAUUUGCUUCAAAUAACAAAACAUCAUUUCAAAU